AUGAACCUCACCCAUUCAUUUAUUGUCCAAACAUCGUCAUGCUUCCAGAUUGGGCCCAGAUUGGGUUGCCUUGCUUCCCGCUUGCUACCAAACGUGCUGCCGACUGGCUGCUGUCUCUCGGAAGCCAAGAGGCGAAGCAGAAGCAGAGCUGAGCAGGGUACGGAGUGCAUUCAUUCAUGUCUGAUGAGCCCCGGCACGGAUAUCAGCGACAUGGUUGAGCAAUGGUCAGACUGUCCUCGGUGCUCCCAAAGAAAUCUCCAAGGCGGCAGCAGCAUGAGCAAGAGAGUCUGUAAAACAUCGCCGAGGUCCUCGACAACGCCCAGCCCUACAGGACCACGAGGGCCAUCUCGAAUUGUGGCCUUCUUCCGACUCCGUUCCAUUAUUAACUUGCGUGCUUUGCCCACAGUGGGAUUGGAUUUUCGCCUAAUCCAGCCCAAGGACGUGGACGGUGGAGAGGAGCCGUGA